CAUAGCCCCUAACCUUCUUUCUCUUUUCUCUCUCUAAACUUAUUUAUCUCUCUAAGACACAUUUCCAUGUCUGCCAAUCUGGUUUGGUAACUGAAUUUGCAUUUGGUAAUCAAAUUUAAUACAAUUGAAAGAAGAAGCAAAGGGGUGGUGGAGGGGCAUAUCCAAAGAGAGGAGGUUGAACCAUGCCCACUGUUCUUAUCAUUUCUUACAGUGCCUCCUCUCAGAUCUUAGCUCUCUGAUAGAUUUAUCAUCUGGGCCUUUUUUUUUUAAUUGGGUGAUUGAUUCUGGAUUGAGUUUUUGAUCGGUGGAGGAUCCUAUCUUUCUAAUUUGAAUUGAAAAAAAUUAGUUUUACAUCGGACUAGUAUUUCUGGGAUUUGUCAUUUUUAUUUGAUUAAGAAAAGAAAAAACAUGCAAUCUGAUAACGGGAAACUUUUCAUUGGUGGAAUUUCUUGGGACACAAAUGAAGAUAGACUGAAGGAGUAUUUCAGUGCUUUUGGGGAAGUUGUAGAAGCAGUUAUUAUGAAGGAUCGGACCACUGGUCGUGCUCGUGGUUUCGGUUUUGUAGUUUUUGCUGAUCCAUCAGUGGCAGAUAGAGUCAUAAAGGAGAAGCACAACAUUGAUGGAAGGAUGGUGGAGGCCAAAAAGGCUGUUCCUAGAGAUGAACAAAACAUUUUGAGUAGAAACAGUGGCAGUGUGCAUGGUUCUCCAGGUCCAGGUCGAACCAGAAAGAUUUUUGUAGGUGGUUUAGCAUCCACAGUCACAGAGAGUGAUUUCAAGACAUAUUUUGAACAGUUUGGGACAAUCACCGAUGUUGUAGUGAUGUAUGAUCACAACACACAGAGACCCAGAGGGUUUGGAUUCAUCACUUAUGAUACAGAAGAAGCAGUUGAUAAAGUUUUGCUAAAGACAUUCCAUGAACUGAACGGUAAGAUGGUUGAGGUUAAGAGGGCAGUUCCUAAGGAGUUAUCACCCGGUCCAAGUCGCAGCCCAAUUGGUGGAUAUAACCAUGGUCUGGCUAGGGUCAGCAAUAGCUUCCUUAAUGGAUACACUCAAGGAUAUAAUCCAAGCAAUGUUGGGGCCUAUGGACUUGGUAGAUUCAGUCCAGUCACCAGUGGUCGUAGUGGGUUUACUUCAUUCAAUUCUGCAUAUGGAAUGAAUAUGAUCGAGCCGGGGGUGGGUGCAGGUUAUGGAGUGAAUGCAAAUUUCAAUAAUAAUCUUAGCUAUGGAAGGGGACUGAAUCCUUAUUAUUUAAACAAUUCGAACAGGUUUGCUAAUCCAAUUGGGUUUGAAGGUGGUAAUGGUCCUAAUGGAGGAAACAAUUCCUUCUUCAGCUCUGUGACUCGUAAUAUGUGGGGAAAUGGAGGACUUAAUCAUGGAUCAAACUCUACAAGUUCUAGUGCAUACAUGGGGUCAGGAAGUGGAAGCAUUGGUGGAAACGUGUAUGGUAAUACUGGUGUUAAUUGGGGAUCUUCAGCAAUUUCAGCUCAGGGUGGGGGAAACAAUGUUCCCAACAAUAAUGGAAAUCUUGGUUAUGGAGCUGGUGAUAACAGUUAUGGUCUUGGAAGUGUAGGGUAUGGUAGAAACAGUGGCACAAGUGCAGCCUCUACAUCAUCAUUUGCUGCAUCAAACGGAGGUUUUGAUGGGACAUUUUCUGACUUUUAUGGUAGUAGUUCAGUUUAUGGGGAUCCCACAUGGCGAUCAUCAAAUUCUGAGCGAGAAGGGUCUGGUCCAUUUGCUUAUGGGUUUGAAAAUGCAGCCUCAGAUGUUUCUGCUAAAAGUGCUCCUGGAUAUGUUGGUAGUUACAAUGUUAACAAGAGACAGCCAAAUAGAGGAAUUGCUGCCUAGGAUGAUCGUUUGGAUAUGACAAUGUUGUAGGAGAGAUAAUCUGGUGAAGCAGGUGAAUUGUGAAUUUUGCACACCCUCCUCGUUUAUAUGUUUCAGUUAAAGAUAUUUGGUUAGUAAGUGCUAACUGGAGUGUGUGUUUUGAAGAACCAAAAAAUGGAAAAAAAAAAAAAAAAUAGAGAUAGAAGUUACAAUGGAUUUUGUGUUUAAGGAAUGAGUUUUUGAGUUACCAUUUUUAGGUUUUUGUUUUUCUCUUUUGAGUGAGAUGUAAAAUCAGAUUGCGGGAUAUAGAUUAAGUGUAUCAUGCAUCUCUGGUGAGGCGGCGAUACAAAAAGAAAGAAGAUAGACUAAGAUUUUUUUUCCUUACAUUUUUAUCUGUAAUGUCUCUGGAAAAAGUUGUGGCUUCCAGUGAGUAGUACUUUUAUUUUGUUGUCCCAUCACUUUGGUUUGUCUUUUGGCAGAUUGUAUCUCAGGUUAUUGUUGAUGUUACUAGUGUGAAACAAUGAAGGGAUACCCAUCUAGGGUCCCCCCCCAUGAAUAAGUCAUCUCAUAUUCUGAUUCUUAGUAAAAUAUUCUAUGCCACAAAGUGCAGUGUUUUCUUCA